UUCUGAAAGAAUACCUAUUGUUUCUUAUUUUGCUUAUCGUUCCUAAUCAAAUAUGAGUGCACCAAAUGAAACCACUGCUAUCAACAGUACCAAUAGUGCUCCAUACUUGAGUGCAGAUCGAAGUGAACUAGCACCAUUGUUUACAAAUCCCCAAGAGACAAAAGGUCUGCGACUGAUAGCUGGUUGCUUCACUAUUAUCAGUCUCUUGAUUUCAUUGGCAUUGGCAGCACAAGUUCGUUAUGGAAACCAUCAGGUGGCACCUCACGGAAGUGUUGUAUCAGACAGCAGUUAUUGCUCUCGCAUUGGAGCCUCCAUUAUAGAGAAAGGUGGUAAUUCAGUUGAUGCAGCAAUAGCAGCUACGUUUUGUAUGGGACUUGUGCAUCCUCAUUUAACUGGAUUAGGAGGUGGUGGUCUUAUGCUGAUUUACGAUCACAGACAACACCGUAUUAAAGAUUGUCUCGACUUUCGGGUUUCUCAGAGCAAGAACCGAGAUGUGGGAAUUCCAGGAUUACUAGCAGGUUUAUACCAAGCCCAUUAUUUACAUGGGUCAGCCUCAUGGGAAGAACUGUUAGCUCCUUCCAUAAGAAUGGCCAGAUCAGGAUUCGGCGUCUCGAGCAGUCUGGUAAUGGCGAAACGAAGUCUGAUCGCCAACGUAUCGGACCUGCGCACUUGGCUCGAGCCCUUGCAACAAGGCUCCAUCAUAACCUCGACCCAGCUCGCCGAUACACUCUCCAUUAUCUCAACACUAGGACCUGAUGGUACUCAAAUGGUGGAGGAUCAAACUUUGACUGUAAAUAGGCUUUUGGUGACUCCCCGACUUCUGUUAUGGUUGUUUCUCAGGUGUCUAUCACAUCAACUUGUUUGAAUUAGCUUGAUUGGGAUUUUGCAUGAUUGAAUGCAUUUUUGCAUGAUUGAUUUUGCAGGAUUUUGCAGUACCCACUAUGUUUGAAUUAGCUUGAUUGGGAUUUUGCAUGAUAUUAUUGGGAAUUGCACAUCAAAAAGCAUGAUAUGAUACCAUAGUAGCCGAAUCAUAUAAUACAUCAUCCGCCAUUCAAUCAAGACACAUGUAAUACCUAUUUAAAUAAACCAGCUAUC